AUGCAAAGAAUACAAAAUUUUUUCGGGGAUGUGGCGCUGUGCCGUCUCAGCAGCAGAAGACCUACAAUAACGCUCCGCACAGGUCUUGCGCUUAUCGAAUGCACGCGCUGUCGCUCUCAAUGUACAGGGUCCCUCUGCCUUUCUCCUCAAGCAUUUCCUGGCGCCUGUUUUCGACAGAGCAGGAUCGCUGUGAGGGCAGUCUCUGGUGCGGUCGACAGACAGCCAAACGUACGGUACACAACUUGUGCAUCCGUGCACGCCUUCUCUGCCACAAAGGGAACCUGCCAGGACACCCGCAGCAAGUGGUUGAAGGCUGCUCAGGCGGUAGCAGGGGUGGAUUUGGAAGAUAAUGUAGGUUUCGCUGAGGGCUCGGCAGUACGAGGCCGGAGCGUCUUGGAGAUUUGGAGGCAGCAGCUCCAGCAGCAACUUGGUGGCGAACAGAAGUUGCUUCAUGACCUUUUGAAAGAAACGCGUGCAUCUGCACUUCAGCGCCUUGCUGAGGCGGCUGCCUUAGCGGGUGCCAAUGCAGUUGUCAGUGUGCGACUUGUGACAUCUGGUCUUCAAAGCAUGCAUGUUGAGUACACAGCAUAUGGCACCGCCGUAAAGGUGGCGAAGCCUAGUCCUCUGUCCUCUUCCUAG